AUGGUUGCCAUCAAAAACAUUAUCCUCUUCAUAUCUGCAGUUUCUGCAGCUGCUAUUUCUCGGCGUACACCGGCUACCAUUCUCUCUGAUAUAACCACCAUUGAUACCAACGUCAAAGCUCUUACAACUGCUGUGGACAACUACAAUGGUGGAUUCUUUGGCUUGAUUUCAGUCAGCAGUGCUGAAUCGACUCUGGAGACUUCUAUCAAAAACGCUGCCACCGAUGCCAGCAACACCUCCCCUCUUUCCUCAGCCGACUCUGAGAAUAUCCUCGGCGAAAUCAACAAUCUAAAGCCCGAUAUCGAUCAGGCACUCAAUGCACUAGUAGGAAAGAAAUCUACAUUCGCCUCGGCAGGGGUCGAUUCAACUGUUGCGAGCGACCUAGAAAAUUUGAAAAAGGAAACUGAUGCUUUUGGAAAGGCACUCCUUGACAUUUUUUCUUCUGAUGUAAAGCCAAGAUUGACUGAGGAUUUAAAUACGAUUGAUACUUCAUUUACCAAUGCACAGGCUCAGUUUUAA